UUUCUGGUACGUCGAGACAUCAUGAUCAAGGCUUCGAUGAGCUCUGGGAAGGUGACUCUCUUCCACCAGGAUCCACGGAGUAGGGUCACCUACCGGGUCCCCGCACUGCUGUAUAUCCCCACAGACACGCUCCUGGCAUUCGCAGAGAAGCGCUCCUCUGCCAGGGACGAGGACGCUGAGUACCUGGUGCUGAGACGAGGUCGGAAAACAGGGACUUUGGUCAAGUGGGAGCCCAGUGAGCCCUUGAGGAGAGCAGUGUUACCGGGUCACCGCACGAUGAGCCCCUGCCCGGUGUACGAGCGGAAGAGUCAGACUGUCUUCCUGUUCUUCAUCUGUGUGAGGAAGCACGUCACAGAGCAAUGGCAGAUCUGGACCGGGCAGAAUGCCGCCCGGCUGUGCUACGUCCGAAGCAAAGACGCCGGCCAGACCUGGAGCUCGUUAACGGACUUGACGGAGCAGGUGAUUGGGGAAGACUUGAAGGACUGGGCCACGUUUUCGGUGGGGCCGGGGCACGGGGUGCAACUCAGCUCCGGGCGGCUGGUGAUCCCAGCUUACACCUACCACAUUACCGCUCGCUGCUGCCGCCUGCCACUGCCCUGCUGGACCCUGUCCCGGUCCUUGGUGUUUUAUAGUGACAAUGGCGGGCGGCACUGGCACAAGGGCGAGCUGAUUAAAGGCAUGAAGACGGGGGAGUGCCAGGUGGCCGAGGUGGUGUGCCAGGCCUGUCGCCCUGUGUUGUACUGCAAUGCCCGCACCCCCUGCCAGUCCCGGGCAACGGCAUUCAGCACAGACCAGGGUCUGACAUUCGAGAGCCCCUCCUCGUGUGAACAGCUGUGCGAGCCGCCUCACGGCUGCCAGGGCAGUGUGGUGAGCUUCACACCAACAACAGGGCUUCUGGAGGCGGAUGGCGUGGAAGAGCCAGACGCCCCAGCCUACGAGACGACCUGCCUGUUGAACGAUGAAAACGCCCCCUCCACCAUCCGCAGAAGCACCAUGUCAUGGCUGCUUUACUCCCACCCGAUGGAUAAACGCAAGCGGGUCGACCUGGGCAUCUACCUCAACCAGUCCCCAUUGAAUGAGGCCAAGUGGGAACACCCCUGGCUCCUGUACAAAGGGCCGUGUAGUUACUCGGACCUGGCCGUAUUACAGGAGGCGCCAGCGCCGCUCUUGUUUGGCUGCCUGUUUGAGUGCGGGGUGAAUUAUGCGUGUGAGGAGAUCGCCUUCCAGCUCUUCUGCUUUGAGGAUCUCCAGAAGGACAGAGUCUCCCGCCGCUCCUUGGAGAAGCAGCCCAAACCAAAGCUAAAAUGCAACUAG